UGCUGCCCAUCUGCUCGCACCGAGUGCUCUGUACGCAAGACAGUCAGCUCGGACGGAUUUAUUGUAGGUUAACCUCUUGUUCCUUUUUAAAUUCUGUAAUUUUGCAGGUAUCAUUUAUUAAACGGGGAUCCGAAGGAUGAGCUCGAUCAACGUGAAAAAGCUGAAAGUGAACGAGUUGAAGGACGAGCUGAAGAAGAGGAAUCUGUCCGAUAAAGGGCUCAAGGCCGAUCUGAUGUCCCGUCUUCAGGCCGUUCUGGAUCAGGAGGAGCUGUCCAGGACCAAUGGUGCUGAAAGAGAGGAUGGGGAUAAAGGCGGCCCUGGUUACAUGGGCGAUGAAGACCUGGUUGGGGAGAGCAUGGAGGCCGAUGAGGAGGAUGGAGAUGACGCGGAAGCAGAGGAGCAUCAGGAUGAUGACAUGCUGGAUGAGGAGGACGCGGGGGUAGAGAUGGAUAACUCGGACGAGGAUGCGCUCCUCAAAGAAGAUGAUGAUGAUGAAGAGAUGGAGAAAUUUGAAGAGGAUGAUGUGGCGGUCUCUGGAGAGGGAGAUGCGGACAAACACGAGAGUGAUGAACAGAAGAAUAAGAAGGGUGUAAAGAGACGUCGUGAUGAACAUGGAAGGGGCUACUUUGAGUUUAUUGAAGAAAGCAAAUACAGCCGGGCAAAGUCACCUCAGCCUCCACUGGAGGAGGAAGAUGAAGAGUUUGAUGACACCACUGUAUGUCUGGACACCUACAACUGCGACUUGCACUUCAAAGUGUCUCGGGAUCGAUACAGCGCCUCCUCUCUCACUAUGGAGAGCUUUGCCUACCUGUGGGCAGGAGGACGGGCGUCUUAUGGUGUGGCCAAGGGCAAGGCCUGCUUUGAAAUGAAGAUUAUAGAGAAGAUUCCUGUUAAACACAUUUCCAGUAAAGGAAUCGAGAUUCAUGACGUCCUGGUGGGCUGGUCACUGGCGAACAGCUCCCUUCUGCUAGGAGAGGACCCCAAUUCUUAUGCCUUUUCUACUAAGGCUAAGAAAACCAGCAACUGUGUGACAGAAGAUUUUGGAGAGGCAUUUGAUGAGAAUGAUGUUGUUGGUUGCUUUAUUAACUUUGAUGGUGAAGAUGUUGAGAUUUCCUUCUCUAAGAACGGACAAGAUCUAGGAUGUGCUUUUAAAGUCAGUAAAGAAGUGCUUGAUGGAAAGGCACAGUUACCUCAUGUGCUCUGCCAUAACUGUGCAGUUGAGUUCAACUUCGGUCAGCGAGAAACACCUUUCUUUCCUCAACCUGACGGCUUCACAUUCCUGCAGAACAUUCCUGUUUGUGAUCGCGUCAGAGGACCAAAGGGACCCGAGACCAAAGAAGACUGUGAGGUCAUAGUCAUGGUUGGACUGCCUGGAUCUGGAAAGACAGAAUGGGUUACAAACCACACACAAGCCAACCCUGGAAAAUAUAACAUCCUUGGAACCAACACGAUCAUAGAGAAAAUGAUGAUUUCCAGUCUGAAACGGCAGAUGAAAGACAUCAUAAAAAUCACAGCAAUAUCUCAGCGUGCUCCGCUCUUCCUUGGGAAGUUUAUUGAGAUUGCAGCACGAAAGAAACGCAAUUACAUUCUUGACCAGACUAAUGUAUCAGCACCAGCCCAAAGAAGGAAAAUGUGCCUGUUUGCUAGCUUCCAGCGGAAAGCUGUGGUCGUCUGUCCGACAGAUGAGGCGUACAUACAGAGAACCCAGAAAAAGGCAGAAACAGAUGGCAAAGAUGUACCCGAACACGCUGUGCUAAAAAUGAAAGGAAUAUACACGUUGCCCGUGGAAGGUGAAUGUUUCAAUGAAGUGCGUUAUGUUGAGCUGGAGAAAGAGGAAGCCAUGAAACUGCUCGAUCAGUACAAGGAAGAGAGCAGAAGUUCCCUUCCACCCGAGAAGAAACUCAACCAGGGUGGAGUUCAGCCGAAGAGAGGAGGCAUCCGGGGACGAGGAGUCAAAAAUCUGUUCAGUCGUGGUGGUGGUGGUGGUGGUGGACGCGGUCAGAGGGGAGGAAGAGGAGGCUUUCAAAACAGGGGCAACUUCAGGGGGUUACCCGGACCUCGAGGUGGGUUCAGCAGGCCACCAAGAGGUUUCCUUCCUCCCCCUGCCUUCAGAGGAGGAUUUAACCGGGGCAGUUUUAACCGCGGUGGUGGGAUGCCCAACAGAGGUGGUCCCCCCAGACCAGGACCGGGUCGGGGAAACAUGGUUAACAUGGGCAGCAGAGGAGGAGGCAUGCACAGGGGCAACAUGGCCAGAGGGGGAGGAGCUAAUAGGGGUAACUUCAACCAGAAGUUCAGGGGUCGAGGAGGAAAUAAUCGUGGUUUUAAAAAUGGGAAUUUUAGCAUGAACAAAGCACAAGCUUUCAACCAGAGCUGGCAACAAGGGUUUUGGAAUCAGAAGCCAUGGAGUCAACAGUACCAUCCUGGAUAUUACUGAAAAACUCUAGCUGUUAUGGACUGAGAUCAGAAUCGUCUACUUUAACUUUAAACCGAGGGGAACAUCUUUUUUUCUUUGUUCUAUUGUGUUUUGUACAGAUUUUAGGACAUUCCACAUCUGAGUGGAAAUGACUCUGGGGCUUUGAGAAACUUCACAGUUCCCUGUUGCUUUGUUUAUAUUUUUAGGUGUUUAUCUUUGGACAUACAGUAGGUCCAGAGUCCUAUGAUAUCAUAUUUAAAAUCAGGAAUCUAAGUAACUUCAGGGUGGGAUGUUUGUCUUUUAAAAACAUUCAGGAUUCUGAAUUUUGCUUUUAAUAAGACUUUGUGUAGCUCCAUAAUAUAAGAAUACAAUUGUUGAGAAAAUUUGCAGAAUAUUUGUUUUGCUGCAAUAAUGUUUUCGUUCAAACAUAUUAAUUGUGCAAUGGGAAAAAAAAACUUUGUAUAUUUAAGUGAGGCCAUCUUUUGAAAACUAUAUAUGAGGGCCCUUCUAAAUGUUUUGAAAAAUAUGAAAUUUUCCAGUGUUGUAGUGGUGUGUGUUGAAUUCAGUAAGGUCUUGAUCGAAAACCAGCUGUCAUCUGUACAUACAUUAAGCAAGGUGCUAAACAGUCUGGGCCUUUAGGUUACAAUUUGGCAAGUGUAAAAAUGAGAGAUGUUAAGUCUGUUACUGUGGUGUCUGUUUUAUGUGUUGUUACCAUUUUGUACAGUGCAGUCUAGUUUUAUCAUCAAUUUCAGUCAGGCAAUUCCGUAUAUAAGACCUUUAGUCAUCAGACAUAGUGACUGCACAUUUACUAUUUAUUAAGGUUUUCUCUCCAUGUUAUGGCUGCAAACAAAGUCAGAAUAGCUAUUUGGACUGUUACCAAUAGGCUGAUAAGAUGCAAAUGUCAUUAAACAGGAUUAAUAAAGGAUUUUGUCUCUCAUUUCUAAUCCCCCAGCAGAGACACAUAAGUGAUCAAUUCAACCUGUAAAAUGCAUUUCUUGUUCCUAAAAUAAUGUAACCAUAGUUAUUUUGCUGUACAUAAUGUAGACAGUCUCAUAUCAGUAUACGUAGGAUAUUGUCUCCAGACUUCUGAUGCAAUGACAACAUUCUUGUUUUAAGUAAUUGUUGGUUUAAAACAUGCAUAUGUAAAGCACAUUUGAAGUAUUACUGUUUUGUAUUAGUAAAUUAUGAAUGGCAUGUCCUUUAAAAAAAUGUUGACUUUAAUUGAAACUCGUUUUGAUGUUGCAUUUAUUCGUGUUUAAGGUAUUUGGUCAAGAAACUAAUAUAUUACUGACAUACUAACAAUUUGUAACAUACCCUUUUUUUCUUUGUUUUUAUACCUUACUAUCUUUUGUAUUUUACCUUUGAAAUAAUUAAUUCUAUUGCAAAUUGUUUUCAAACUAAGACAAUAAAAU